CUCGGUUCCAAGUCUCGGUAAAACCCUCGCUUGCGAGCACCACAUUUUUGGCGGGAAACAGAAACUGAGAGAGAGAGAUGGGAGAGGAAGAAGAGGCGGAGCUUGUUCAGGUGGAGGAGGAAUUCACGGUAUGGAAGAAGAACACUCCAUUUUUGUACGAUCUGGUCAUCUCUCACUCACUCGAGUGGCCGUCUCUCACCGUUCAGUGGCUCCCAUCGCCCCCAUCGUCCGAUUCCGACGACGGGUCUUUCGCAGUACACAAGCUGAUUCUUGGGACCCACACCUCCGACGAUUUCCCCAACUUUCUCAUGGUCGCCGAUGUCCACCUCCCAAAAAACCCGGCCUCGGCUGUCGAAACCAACUUCGAAUACCCCAACAUUCCAAAGGUGGAGAUAGUUCAAAAGAUAUAUGUCGAUGGAGAAGUGAACAGAGCACGAUGUAUGUCGCAGAACCCAUCUGUUGUUGCGGCAAAGACCAGUAGUUGUGAAGUGUACGUAUUUGACUCUACCAAACAGCCAGUGAAUCACGAAGGGGGUUCUUGUGAUCCUGAUUUGAGAUUGAGGGGACAUGAUAAAGAAGGGUAUGGAUUAUCAUGGAGCCCAUUCAAAGAGGGGUACCUUUUAAGUGCUUCAAAUGAUUGCAAAAUUUGUUUGUGGGAUAUCUCUGCAACGCCUCAAGAUAAAGUGCUAGAGGCAAAGCAUGUUUAUGAGGAUCAUCAAAGUGUGGUUGAGGAUGUCUCUUGGCAUUUGAAGAAUGAAAAUUUAUUUGGGUCUGUAGGAGAUGAUUGCAGAUUAAUUAUUUGGGACUUGCGUACAAACAAGCCCCAACACUCUGUCGUAGUGCAUGAGAAAGAGGUGAAUUAUUUAUCUUUCAAUCCAUAUAAUGAGUGGGUUGUGGCUACAGCAUCUUCUGAUACUACUGUUGGUCUGUUCGAUGUGCGAAAGCUGAGUUCGCCAUUGCAUGUUUUGAGUAGCCACACAGAAGAGGUAUUCCAAGUAGAAUGGGAUCCUAACCAUGAAACAGUGUUGGCAUCUUCUGCUGAUGACCGAAGGUUGAUGGUUUGGGACCUUAAUAGGAUUGGAGAUGAGCAGUUGGAAGGAGAAGCUGAAGAUGGUCCUCCUGAGCUUCUCUUCUCUCACGGUGGUCACAAAGCAAAGAUAUCUGAUUUCUCGUGGAACAAGAAUGAGCCAUGGGUAAUUUCAAGUGUGGCAGAUGACAAUGCCCUUCAGGUCUGGCAGUUGGCUGAGAGCAUUUAUCGUGACGAUGAUGACAUGCAAAACUGUUGAUUAUCGGCUAAUAAUGUUAUAUUAAGAAUCAGCUUUGAGGCAUAACAUCCCACUCAAGUUGUGUUGUGAGUUUGGUGGAUUAAUGCCUGUAUCUGCCUGAAAAUCUUCAGACUGGCAAAGUUAUUUUUUAAGUUGUGGAUUGAUAUGGUGGUCAACCAUAUUUAACGUUCAAAUUUUGUGCAAUCUGUGAGCUUUCCUAUUUUGUCAUGGGGUCGUUGAAGAACUGAAGAAGGC